AUGAGCUUUUCUUUCCAUGUCAUAACAUCCGAGGACAUCCUGGAUCUUAAUCAGAGCAUUCUUCGCCCAGAUCCUGAAGAAACAGUCGUCGUCCAAGCAGCGCACAUCUUGAGGUUCAUGAUUCCGGAGCCUGAAAUCUUGAUGUUAGCCGUACGAAGCCUCAACCCACAUGUGAUGAUCAUCAUUGAAGUCGAAGCCAAUGUUGAUUCUAAGGUUUUUGUCAACCGCUUCGCUGAGGCUCUCCUUUUCUUUGGGGCCGGUUUUGACUACUUGGAGCAGUGUCUUAAGGAUGAUCUUGCAGCGAGAAACUAUGCCGAAUUCGUGCUCUUUAGCCCUUCGAUAAGACACAUUGUUGCGGCCGAGGAAGAGGAGAGGAAGUUCAGAAUUGUAGGCAUCAAUUUCUGGAGGGGGGGUUUUGUUAGGUUUGUUAUGGCGGAGACGGAGCUGAGCAAACUAGUGCUCAAUCACGCUAAUUCCGUUCUCAACAUGUUCGACUGCCGUGGUUCUUGCAGACUUGUACUAGAUGGAAACAGCCUCAUUGUUGGAUGGAGGAUACACCAAUAUUUUCACUAUCUGCAUGGAAGUUUCAGAAGAUAG